AUUGUUUAAGGUUUCACGAAGAAGCUCUUCCGCCCUCAGGUGUACAGACAGAAAACUGCACCCAGUCUACUCUAGACCACAGUAAUCUACUUGUACAGUACUGAAGCUGGAUUUGCAGCAAUUUUUAACCAUGGAAGUGGACAUACAAAACUAGCUUAACGCCUGUUGAUAACUCCCUGUACGAUUUUCCCUCCUCUCGAUACGCAUUUAUUGUGAAGGAAACCUACCGGAAGUGAUAUAUCUAGGUAGCUCCGGGAGGCCGAAGCCAUGGACUAUCAGAUAGAAGAAGAGGCUGGGUUCGUCGUUGAAGACGUGAGCACAAUCAUAAAAGAGUCGGUGGAAGCAACCAUAGGAGGAAAUGCCUACCAGCACAACCGAGUGAACCAGUGGACCACCAGUAUAGUGGAGCAGUGCCUCAGUCAGCUCAGCAAGCUGGGAAAGCCUUUCAAAUAUAUCAUAACCUGUGUCAUCAUGCAGAAAAAUGGAGCAGGUAUGCAAACAGCCAGCACAUGCUUCUGGGACAACUCUACUGAUGGAAGCUGUACAGUGAGAUGGGAGAACAAGUUUGUGUACUGCAUUGUCAGUGUAUUCGGGCUCGCCAUCUGAACCUACAUCACCAAACCCACUGAUUGUGUCCACGUUUUUGAGAACUCCCGCUGUUUGUUUUGGGAUUUGAUAUGUUCAUUUUGUGUGUUAAGAGAGAUUUAUUAAAAAUGAUAUGCCUUAUGUACAUACAUAGUUUUAUUUACACAACAUGACAUGAUACUGCUACAUGUACAAGCUUUAUCUUUUGAAGCAACAAAUAUUGCAGGUAUUUUUUAAACACUUCAAAAAACAACCCAGUUUAACCACCUUAAACUAACAAAAGCUACACUUACACCGAAAGAAUCAGACAUGUACACUGAUCUUGAAGCAUUUACAAUUCUUAAGAUUGCAGUCCCAUUUAGAAGAAAACUGGGUGAUGUAGAGACAAGGCACCAUUUUGGUUAAAAUAUAUAUUUAUAGAGAAGAGAAAUACAUUUGUUUUGGCCGAUUUGUCAACUUGAGCUCCAGCUUUAGGCAACUGAAAAAAAUGGCACAGUGUCCCACAUUGUAAGGAAAUAUGGGCAAAGCUGCUGGGGGAAAAAAAGUUUGCUUCAAAACAACCCAACAACUACCGUACAUGCUGGGAUAAAGAAACAUUUAACAUGAUAGGUCUGUAGUCCGUUAUACUGCUGUGAGAAAAUACAUGCAAUGUGUCACACAAUACAGUGUCAUCACUUUUUUGGCAAGAUAAAUGAAAUUCUUGAAAAGUGCAAUUACAUAGAGCUGCUUUGCCAAAAAUAGAAGUAGUGAGUGGUACCUGCACUCGAGUUUAAGGCUCUCUGUAUUCAGCGUCUUGAAGACAAACAAAUGUCAGCAGACUCCCUGUUUAAACGUUAUGUCAGGACAAGCGAGCCACACUGUAUCUACUUUAAGAAGCUCAUGUGCAGCGGAUGCAGCAUUACCUUUAAAUGUCACUCAGCUCUGACCAGAUAAGUGACUUCCCAUUGUUCCCAGAGUGGAAAGGAAUGGCAUUAACACAAGAAAGACAACAGUUGUUUAAUACAAGGUGUUUAAAAAAAAAGAAGAAAGAAA